AUUAGCAAAGUCUAGAAAUAGGUUUAAUAAUCUUGCGUUUGCUUUCUUACAAUAGAAAUUAUCAUAAGUAUUCAAAAUACUUUCACUUGAUGUCAUUUUUUGCAGUGUUGUUUUGAGAACCAUGAAGAAGUGUUUUGCUAAAUAAGGCCCUUAUUUAUGAAAACUUUAAAUCUUUCCUUUAAGAGUAAAUAUAAUAUCAUAACUCAUUUUUAUUCAUUCAUUGAUUCAUUGAUUCAUCGAUUCAUUCAUUUAUUCAUUCAUUCAUUGAUCUUCAGUAACUCCUUUAUCCUGGUCAGGGGGGCAGUGGAUCUGGAGCCCUGAUGGAACACCUGAUAUGAGGUGGAAAUACAUCCUGGAUGGGAACCCUUGACCUGGAGAUGUGAGGCAUCAAUGGUGCACUACCAUGCAACCCUAAAAAUUCAAUUCACCUUUGAAAGUAGCUUUUCAGCUAUUCAGAAAUUUAGAUUCUGAUUGGCUUAAUCAGACUGGGGUUCAGGGCAAAACCUCCCUAUGUGUAAUCAUUCACCCACCAAAGCACUGAUUCAGUGUGAAUAUAAUACAUGAAAUGUCAAAUAGAUCCCCACUGGAGAUGUGGAAAUAAUAGCAUCAUUAUGAUGCAGCUGAAAUUGCAGCUGGGUGAUUCAAGGCAGUAGAAGAUAAUAAUAAGAUAAGUGGUUAACAUGAGUGUGAAUAGCAUUGUAAAAGCUUUCCUUACCACUUGGGUAAAACUGCCAUUUUGUGGGUAUAGUAUGAGAAAUAACUAUAGUGCCAUAAACAGUAAAAGGAAUUUCCCUCUCCCAUGGAAUUUCUAUUUGGGAGUUUUAAAAGCUGCAUCACUCAGCUGAUAAAACACAGAGUGAAUAGAACUCAAAGCCGUAGAAAGAACAAUGAAUGCUGUUUCAGGCUUCAUCUUUUUGCUGUCGUUGAUUGCAUAUUGUCACUUUUUUCCAUUGACAGAGUUUGACAUAGACUUCCAAGAAAUUCAAAAAUUUGAAAAAUCAUACCGGCACUGUCCAAAUAACUGCAAAGAGCCAAUGGAACCUGAAUGCCAGUGUCUCUCCAUUCCCCACACAAUGAACUGCACUGGUCAGGUUAUUGAACAUGGACUACGCAAACUAAACUUGGUUUGCAAUAGUUCUGACACAGGAACACACGGCACAUGUCGAAUCCUUGAAAGACUAAAGAAUCUUGUGACCACUGACCAAACACCCCAGUGUCUGUGUGGGACCCGAGUAUCUCAGAACUGCAUUUUGGAUUACAUCAGAAGAGUGUACCAAAUUUCACAAUCAAGAAAACUCUAGAGUAAUCAGAAAACAGAAAAAAUAUAAUUAUUUACUACUUAAACUUUAUUUAAUAAUGUAGGCAUAGACAAACAACUAAUUAAGGAGGUAGUUUCCUAGUUUUAGACCAUGUGUUUGAUUUCCAGUCAGUCCAUAUGUACAGUACUAUGUGUUAAAUCAGGAGAUAAAGUUUUUAUGUACAUUUUGUGUUCAGGAGGCUGUACAUUUCAUUAUUUGUUCUUGUCUGAAAUUACAGCAGACAGUAUAUUAUUUAAAUAGUACACAUGUUUCUGUACACAUCUAAUCAUUAGAAUAUUUAUCAUAUCUUAAUGUCUUAUUGAUUGUAUUGAUUACAUGAUUAUUGCGUUAUUUUUAUUAUAUAUUAUAUAUUUUUAUAUAUAUCUUAUAUAUAAAAAAAUCUUAUAAUACUCUCCAACCAGUCAUGUUUCUGUUUUGGUGGUUAAAAAUAAUCAGUCAUAAUCAGUCACUGGUCUGUAAUAAUAUCUGUCUGUACAGGCCUAUUAUUCCUUCAAUUUUAUUACGCUGUGAUUUUAUGCUUUAAUCUAUUUUUCUUUUCUAAACUGUCAAGAAAGAAAUUAAAGUCAUGUUUAAUUCAGGGAACUGAAAUAGCCAUUCAAAAUUUUGUUGUGUUCUGUUGUGUGAGAAUUUUCUGUCUGGAUCAGGUAAAUUGGGUCUUUGUUAUUAUGAAAAAUUCAAA